UCCAUAAGUGGCAAUAAAAAUGAAAGAACCCCACUACUUUCCUGUCUGUCUUCCUCUUUGUCUUCCUGAUUAGUUUUGAAUUUAAUCUUUCUCCUACUCCUCAAUCCUCAAUCCUCAAUCCUCAAUCCUCUAACUCAUACAUCAGACAACUCACCCCCACCAUUUCCUAAUCCCAAUACUCUCACUUCUUACUUCUAUUCUCUACUAUUCAUUCCUUGUUUGGAUUCCCCAAACAUGGCACACUCACAUGAAGGAGAGGAACAAAAUUACACCCACUUUCCAUUUUCUCUUGACUUAAAUCUUUGUUUUGAUCCAAACAAGGAUUUAACUCAAGAUGUUGGUGAUGAAAGUGAUGAUAAAGUUACAGGGGAUGAAAUAUCACCACCUAGUAAUAAUAGAGUAUUCUCUUGCAAUUACUGUAGGAGAAAAUUCUUUAGCUCACAGGCACUUGGUGGUCAUCAAAAUGCUCAUAAAAGAGAAAGAACUAUUGCUAAAAGAGCUAUGAGAAUUGGUGCUUUAGCUGACAGACAUGUAAGUUUAGCAUCACUUCCACUUCAUGGGUCUUCUCCUGUACCUUCAUUUCCAAUUUCAUCUAGACCGUCCAUUGAUAUUCAAGCACAUCAUGGAUCUAUGAUGAUGAUGAUGCAUCAUCCUCAUCUUCAGCCGUCCGAUUUACAUCAUCAUCAUCAACAUCUGUUUGAUCAUGAACAUGGUAUAGUUAAUGGUGCUGCUCCAGCUGCAAAAUUCGAAGGGCAAAAUGGGUAUUUACUAGGGGGUGUUCCUGUCUAUAAUGCGGUGCCGUUUUGGCCCGGAAGUUUUAGGCAGUUAGAUGAUGAAGCUGAAAGUUCAUCUAUCAUUAUUUCUAAUAAUAAUAAUGAUCAUUAUUCACUUGACAAUAAUAAUUGUUGUCCUGAUCUGACCUUGAAAUUAUGAUAUUAUAUUAAUCAAAUAAAUUUUUUUUGGGUUUUUUUUAUUCUAUUAAUUAAUCUUAUUUUUAUGGUAUUUGAUGAAAUUAAUUUAUUUAGAUUCUGUACAGGAAAUUCUUGAUCUAUACCACAAUUCAUCAUGAACCUUUUUUUAUGAUUUGUAUAUUUUGUACUUUCUUUACUUCUUUUGGUUAAAACUAAAACUAGAUUAGCUGUACUUUAUGGCGGCUCUAGAUAGUAGCACAACAGCACAAGUUCACUCAGUUGUGCUAGCUUAGUGUAUUACAAGUAAAUAAUAGAAUGGGGAAUUCAAAAUAUUAGUAUAAAUGAAUCAAAUAUUUCUAUUUGUAUAAAAUCAAUUUGACUGUGAUAUUUGUCACUAAUAUGUUUUCAAUAUCAGUAGGAGUUUCAAUUAAAUAACUCAGGUUAUAAACUAUAAUAUUGAUUGAAGUCUAAUUAAAUUAAAUUUUCUAGCCUGCAUCUUGGUGUCGACACUUUAUUGUAAAAUGACGCUAGAGGCUUUAAGAUUAUUAUAAUUGCUACUUACCUAGUGGUAUAUGCGUCUUGCGUCCCAUUAUUCUUGCAUUGUCUUACUAAUAUUUGAAACAGCGGUAAUAGUAUCUAAAUGUUGU